CCGCUCUUCUCAAAAUAAUCCACUACAAAUAGGGGAAUUCCGCUACGUAUGGCAACACUGGUUUUAGGUUAAAGUAUAAAGUAAUCCAGAGAUAAACCCCCUGGUUUUGAAGGUGGUUUGAACCUGAACGCUUGUUUUUUUUAUUUGCUUAUGAUUAUGGAAUUAAAAACGCGUUCAAACUGACAAACAGGUACCUUUAGAAAUAAUUACCAGUGUAUGAAAAUGGAAACUAACUCCAGAAUACAGGUUGCUGUCCUAAAGGUACAUAGCAAGGAGUUUCCUUUAUAUAAAGGCCUGAAUGUGAUAGGUAAAAAUAAGGCAGCUACACUGAAUAUUGUGAACUUGAUAUAAACCAUCGUGAUAUUGCAUACAAAACUCCAUAUGUAUUUUGGAAGGAUAAAGAGGAGAAUGAUCUUCCUAAGAAUGGAUUCAUGCAUCUAGGCACUUGAAAGCAUGUUUGAAGGAGCCAACCUUACUGAAAUAAGUGAAUUUGCUUUUUGUGACUGACAUGUUACACUGCAAUUUGUAAAUUUAAGGAUCUACUUGCAUUGCUCAAAGAACAUCCAAUCUUGAUAAGCCCAGGGUACAAGAUAUUGUUCCAAGACAAUAACUCCAUUGUAAGGAACAUUAUUAGAGGGAAAAAAGAAGAGUCAAUAUAUUUAAAUUGGAUAUUCCAAGAAGUUUGAUACCUAGAGUUAAUUAACUUUCCAAAAUGAUCUAAUGUACCCCCAAACUAGAGAGAUUUCUUUGCAAUUGAUCAGAUAUCCUAUUAGCCUUGUUUACAUAGCUUGUAAUUUAGAAAAUAGCAUAUAAUCUAGUUAACAUCAAGGAAUAAAAAUUGAUGAAAUCUAUAUUUCUAGAUAUUUUUGAAUGAACCUAUUGUAUUUCUGCGGGUAUACAAUGUAGAAUAAAAAAUAUUUAUUUUAUCAAGUAUUCUUUUAUUUAUAUUCUGCAAGUACCAACUGGAAAAUAUGAUACAUGAAAUUGUUA